AUGAGCCCCUUCAAUUCUGGCGUGCUCCGUGAAGCGGAGCAGGGCGUUGUGAUGACUGACAUGGAUGAGCAGCCCCCUGGAACAGUGGACGGCGAGCAGACCGAGGGCACCAAUAAGACCAAGGUCGAACAAACGGCUGGCGAGCAAACGCGCGAUGAGGAGCGAACCAAUGAGCACACCGACAUUGAGCAGACCGGAGAAGACGAGCAGGCCGCGAGCAUUGAGCAAAUUGUGGUCAAGGGGCAGAUUGAGGAUGUCGAGCAGACCGAGCAGACCGAAGAAGAAGAUGAACAGGCCGAGGGUAUCGAGCAAAUUGUGGACAAGGAGCAGAAUGAGAGUGUCGAGCACAGACAAAGUGCCGACCAGAUCGACGACGCGAGCCUCCAGCUCAUUCUCCAGCUGCAGAUGGAGGACCUCGUGGCCCUAGAUGAAAAGAAAAAGGGCAAGCAACGCGAAGGCGAGGUUUCGGACACGGACGUGGCGCUCGGCCUGGCGAAGGAGAACCUGGAAAUCGCCAUCAUCGAGCACGGCGACCGCCAGAUGUGCAUCAGCAUCGCCCGGGCUGUCUUCUCCGACGCUCCCGCCAUCCAGGCCUGCACGACUGAAGAGCAGCAGGCGACGACCGACCGCGCCAUGGCCCACUCGCUCAGUCGCCGGGGCAGCACCGCAUCAGCUGGUGUGCGUGCGACAGCUGCCGGCGCUGCCAACGACAACGACGAGCUCGACGGUCUAGACGCCGAGCUCUUAAAGAAACUCGAGGGCUUCAACGCGUUUUCUGAGAGCAAUGACGCAAGCACCGGCGGCGAGUCGUCUUCGAGCUGGGCUGCUACCCGGCGUCCGGCGUUCGACCCAGACGCGCAGGACACGGCGAGGGAGACGUGCACUGGCUGCUACGACACGUACGCGCCCUCAGUCACGGCAAAGGCCCCAUGUUCGCACCUAUACUGCCGCCGGUGCCUCAACGAGCUGUUCCUGGGCGCGUCGGUCGACGAGACACUGUUCCCUCCCCGAUGCUGCAAACAGCCCAUCCCGGUCGACGAGCACAUCGACCAUCUCUCGACCGAGACUGUCACCAUUUUCCGGGCCAAGGAGGUCGAGUUCUCGACCCCGAACAGGGUAUACUGCCACCGCCCCAAGUGCUCGGCCUUCUUGCCCCCACAGUCGGUCCGGGGCGGCUCGGCAACGUGUGGCGAAUGCGGCGCGAGGACGUGCGCCAUCUGCAAGGGGCCCGCGCAUGAGAAUAGCGAUUGCCCCGAGGAUACGUCCACGCAGGAGCUCCUUCGAGUCGCCAAGGAGAAUGGCUGGCAGCAGUGCAAGUCUUGCCGCCGCCUAGUGGAACUCGACCAUGGCUGUAACCACAUGAGUCAGUACCUCUUCUCGUCCCUUCUAUGGACGGUUUUAUUACUGAGACUCGUCUUGUAG